ACGCACACAGUACACACAGUACGCACACACAACACAGUACACACACAGUACACAUACACAACACACAGUACGCACACAGUACAGACACAAUAUUGUCCAACAGUCCGAUCGCGUAGCAAUGUUGGGUGAUGUUUUGGGCAAUAGCACUGCUCCGCAGCACAUAGGAAGGCCUGUGAGGCAGAGUACUGUGAUAUUCUACCUAAUCAAAUCAUAAAACUUUUCAAAUACAUUCAUCAUACGUAUAAAAGAAGGUACACGCCUAUAAAAUCUGGUACGCAUACGUACGGUCAUACAUGUUUAACAAAUCAAUAAAAAAUGUAGCCACUGAUGCUAAAAAUAAUCACACUCAGGCUUUGAACUUUCAGAAGUUCCACCAUUUUUGCUGCUUUAAUCAUGAGGGAGAAUAAGUGUUGCCUUUAGGGGUUGCAGGGUUGAAAUGAAAUCACUCAAUUUCUGAGGCCAUUAUUCAUUUUGUACAUGGAGUUGAACCAUUUUAAAGGCCCCUUCCACAUGUUUUAAUGAUGACAGCACUGCGAUGCAUCCCUUCAGAGAACACUGUGGGUAGUAAAAAGAAGAGUUAGGUAACAAGCUGAGCAAAUACGUUCAACACCAAAUCAAUUGGCGGCUGCCAGUCAGGCAGCGUUGCGUGAAAAGUCCCCACAAUUGCAAGUGGUAGCUCUACUUUUUCACUUUAAUUUGCACUCAAAACUACAAAAUAAAUUAUUUUCACCCCAGAAAUGAAUAAAAUUGAAUUUUCUGAAUAAAAGUGGGUGGCUUCCCUUCGGUAUCUUUCAUUUUCUUCAUACAAGCCACCCACUUGUAUUCAGCACAUCAAAUGUAAUGAAUUUUUGGGGUGAAAACAUUUUAUUUUCUACUUUUGAGUGCAAAUAAAAGCGUGUGCAUUAAAAAACUUGUUUUCUUUUACCAUUAUUUUUUUUCCCCUUCCGAGCCAGAGAUCUAACAACAACAACAAAACCCAAGGGAGACAAAACCGUGCACGCGCACGGAUACUUUCGCCUUUUCCCCCGACGCGUGCAGGCGUUCGACGAGCAAUGACGACUGUGACUGAGCUUCUAGAGAUUGCCGACUCAGGACCAGAGGAUACUCCCGGAGGAUAGAUACCAGGCGCAAGGAGGAAGACCCUGAGGAGGAGGAAAAAGAGACAACAGGAGAGGAAACACCAAGAGAAGAGGGCACUUGCAGCUCAGGACAGAGUCUGCAAGCAAUGGCGGCCGUCCGGCUUCACUCCGUGUGCCCGGGAAGCCUCCCCCACUUCUACUGACGAAAGCGCAACCCGGCAUGUGAAGCCACCGGCAGCGGUAGCAGCAGCGGCGGCGGCGGCGGCGGCGGCGGCGCCCGGGAGCAUGGCGCUGCACACGUCGCCCUUCCCCAACGCGUUCCUGCGCGCGGUGCACGCGGCGGCCUGGCUGCUCAUCGUGCCGUGCUACUGGCUGUGCGACCGCCUGCUCGCCGCGCUCAUCUCCGGCACCUGCGAGCGGCGCCGCCGCCUGCCGGCGCGACGGCGCCGGCGUCGGCGCCGCGGCGUCGCCGGCGUCGGCGGCGGCGGCGGCGGCGACGACGCGCGCUGCCUGCGCUUCCUCUUCGCCGUCGUGGUGGCGGCGCCUCUCUACCUGGCGCUGCUGGCCGCCUCGCUGCCGCUGGCGCUGCUCGGCUUCGCGGCGUGGGCGCCGCUGCAGCUGGCGCGCCGCGCCUACGCCUACGCCGGCUGCCCGGACCCGGCGCUCUCGGCGGCGGCGGCCCGCGCCCGCCUCGAGUCGCGGCCGCUCGCGUCCGGCCGCAGCUUCGCCUUCGCCACGGCCAACGUGCGCCUCCCGCCCGACUCGCUGGCGCGCGUGGGCAACCUGCCGGACACGCAGUGGCGCGCCCGGGAGAUCGGGCGCAGGGUGCGCACGGGCGCCAGCCGCCCGCAGAUCAAGAUCUACGUCGACUCGCCCACCAACACGUCCAUCAGCGCGGCGAGCUGGAGCAGCCUCCUCGUGGUGUCCUCGCAGGGCGGCGGCGCCGACUCGGCCGGGCCCUCGCCCACCGUCAGCCUGCGGAGGGCCUGCGCGAUGGACGGCGGGCCCCGGGGACGCGCGGCGGUGGACUCGGCGAGCCCGUCCCCGGUGAUCGGGCACAGGGAGCGGGCGGACGCGGAGCGCGACGGCUCGGCGUGCGUCGACCUCUCGGGGAUCCAGCUCGUGCUGGCCGAGCCGCCCGCGGGGCCGGAGGCCGACGGCAAGAAGACGGUGACGUACGGCGAGGAGCAGCAGCUGCAGCAGCGAGGAGGCGGAGGAGGAGCGAUGACGCAGGAUAGCCGCGCGUCCUCCAAGGAGUCUCUCUCCCAGCCUCCACGGUCGCCCGACUGGGCCAGCACGGACCCGACCGGGUGGCCCACGCGCUUCGUGUACAAGCCGUCGGUGAUGAAGAAGAGCUCCAUGCGCAGGAAGAAGCCCACAGAUGAGCCCUUCGACUACGAGAUAUCCUCCUUCUUCCCGGCCAACCUGGACUUCCUGUGCCUCCAGGAGGUGUUCGACAAGCGGGCGGCCGAGAAGCUUCGGACGCAGCUGCAGGCGUACUUCCAGUACGUGCUGUACGACGUGGGCGUGUACGGGUUUCACGGCUGCUCCUUCAAGUUCUUCAACAGUGGCCUCUUCUUCGCCAGCUGCUACCCCAUCCUGGACGCCGACUACAGGUGCUUCCCCAACGCCAAGGGCGCCGAUGUUUUAGUGUCCAAGGGAGCUCUCUUCGUGAAGGUUCAGGUUGGAACCACUGCUCAGGAGCGCCGGCUCGUGGGGUUCGUCUCGUGCACGCACACGCAGGCUGCCGAAGCAGGUCACGCGUCGGUGCGCUGCGAGCAGCUCGACCUGCUGGUGCAGUGGCAGGCCGAGUUCCGCAAGGAGUGCAGCGGCGAGGCGGCGGGCAGCCCCGCCAGCCGCGACAUCGUCCUCUUCGACGUCAUGUGCGGCGACCUCAACUUCGACAACUGCUCCAUGGAGGACAAGCUGGAGCAGCACCACCCGCUCUUCACGCACUACCGCGACCCGUGCCGGCAGGGCCCCGGCGAGGAGAAGACGUGGGCAAUCGGCACCUUGCUGGACCAGGAAGGCUUGUACGACGAAGAGGUCGCAUCACCAGAAAACCUGCAGAAGGUGCUGGAGAACGAGGAAGGCCGCAAGAGCUACCUGGUGUUCCCGUCCAGCAAGAGCCCGCGCUGCGACCAGGGCGGCCGUCCCGUGCCGCUCCGGGGCAGCGGGCGACGUCUCGACUACAUGCUGCACACGGAGGAGAGCUCGCUCGAGUGCCGCACGGAAGUGGAGGAGUACUCGUUCAUCACCCAGCUGGCCGGGCUCACCGACCAUCUCCCCGUCGCCAUGCGUCUCCUCGUGUCCUCUCUGGACGAAGAGCCCUGAACGCUGCCCGACGCCGGCAGCUGGAAAACCACCGCCGUUGCCGCCGCCGCCGCCACCACCAUCGCCACCAGCAGCUACAUCCGCACCGGCGAACGUUGACGGCCCUGGCCCUCGGGAGCCGGACUCGCCGGCAGUGGAACUCGGGAAGCUCUUUGGGCGGUUAAGCAAGGUGGCUUUGUUGGCACGGCCGCCCCGCGGAGAAGCUGGAACAGUCAGCGGCGCGAUGCGGUCGGCGCGGCCUCGAAUUCGGCGCUCACUGGAACGCAGCGAUUGCAGUGGCGACGGCUGCACGGCUGCACUGACGAUCGGCUGUUGAGAACGCGCGCUGCCGGAAGUGCCGACGCUCGGCUUGCCGUGGGGCGAAACGUCGGUCUCGGCGUCGCGGCGAGCGUUUCAAGUUGCCGUGGGAUCGCCGAGAUGUUGAAAAGGCUCCGCUCCUCGUUAGCAUUCCUCAAAUUGACCAACGGGGAGUGACAUUGACAUUUGCUCAGAUGAAAACUGUGGUCCCAGCGGACGCUUUUUAAAAACCUGCCGUUUUAAAUGUACUUUACAUAUAGGCACCGUGUCUGAUCACCCACUUAAUGCCUUGAGUCAAACAGAAGUCAGUCAACUGUGUUGUCCUACGAUAAUAUAUUAUGGCCAUUCGCAACGGAUCUGAGGCUAUUUUAUCAUGGGACCUCAUUUUAAAAUUACACCUUAUUACAAUCUUGUCAGUGUUUUGUCCAUGCAUCUGAGUGCAUAAAACCAGGAAUGUCUCCACACUACACUAUUGUUACUGGCGGAUAUCUCCCUCGAACACUCCCAGUCUCCUGGAUCCCUCAAGUACCAACAGCAUCAAAACAGCGCCAGCGGAGGAGAUGUGACAAAUCCGAGCGAAGUCUGUUGAAAGUCCGUGUCCGAUCCUCGUGUGUGAGACGCAUUCAUAGCUGGAAGAGCAAGGGGUGUCACGCUCGUGUUUUAUCCACGCUACCCUCAACGCGGGCGUGAUAAAUCCGCCGAGGGGCAGACGACCCUCCGUCGGUUGGCCUUCGUUAAUUACUUUCAUUGCUGACGGCGUUAUCGUGACAGUAAAGAUUUUGCGAACUUUGCAGGAGCAUUUUGUAACGAGGAGUUGCUGAUGACGUUACCAACUGUCGUGCAACUCCAUCAAUGUUUGUAAUUUUGAAAAGGUUGUUUAUUUUGUGAGCGGGCAUGAUUGCAAGUUUGCGUUAAAGUUAUGACAAGUAUAAACAAUAUUUAAAGGGACUACGUGUUUUUAAUAUUAUUACUCAGCCUCAUAGUAGUAGUGGUACUUUUGAGCGAAAAGGGUUUUAGUGAAUUCCCAAUGUUUUUAAAUUCCAAAUAUCCCAAUCACUGCCACCAGCAAUCGCUCCUUGGGAGUCAGUUUUUUUACAACUAUUUGCUAUAUUUGUAUUGUUUUGACACAACUAAUUUAUUAUGAUUCAGCAAAACGCAUGUAUGUAUGAGGCAUGAUCCACUGGCUUUUUGAGUUGCGAUUUGAUUUAGUAAUACGCUAUGGGAGGGCUUAUUCAGGAAGGCAAUUUGGGCCAAAGCGAUGUAGCCUACGACGUGACAAGGAAUGGAAGAGACGAGACUGGGAACAUUCACACGAGUGGCUUUCCUCAAUCGUGUGGUGGCUUCUAAGUGGUGUUCACGAUUGGGAAUAAAUGGUAGGCUCUUGCAGGAAUAAACCAGAGUUUAAACGAAAUGCUUAUCUACAUAUAAACAGUGUCGUGAAUGAGUUGUUAAAAUUACAGACCUGUAGUUUUAAUUUUUUAAUUAUUAUAUUUUAGUAACCACUGACGUUUCAACAAUGUAAUUAUUACACUUAAUUAUUUGUACAUUAUAUUAAAGCAGAUAUUAAAAGGUUAAUUACAUUGAUGCA